UUUGCAAGCAAGAGAUUAUAGAUGGUGACGAAGAACAACGUUAGAAAAUUGUUGGGUUUUGUUUACUCUAUGAACUUGGUUGUGUUGUUGGGUGUGGCGGCAGUGGCAGAAAGAGAAGUGAAAGUGGGAGCGGUGCUUGAUGUUGGGGUUGGAAUGGUUGGGAAAAUGGGUUUAAACAGCAUCAGAAUGUGCAUCCAUGAUUUCUAUGUCUCUAAUCCUCAUUACAAAACCAGGCUCCAACUUAUUCUUAGGGAUUCCCAAAGGAACGUUGUUACUGCUGCUGCUCAAGCUUUAGAUCUCAUAAAGAAUGAGCAAGUGGAAGCUGUGAUAGGACCAAUUACAACAACCGAAGCCAUGUUUGUGAUCAACCUCGGAGACAAAGCGCACGUGCCUAUUGUCACGUUCUCAGCAACGAGCCCUUCUCUCUCAUCACUCCACACCCCAUAUUUCUUCCAAAUUGCUCAGAAAGAUUCAACUCAGGUGGAAGCCAUAACAGCCAUUAUCCAAGCUUUUCGGUGGAAAGAAGUGGUUCCAAUUUAUGUAAACAACAGUUAUGGCGAAGGACUCAUUCCAUGGUUAACUAAUUCACUUCAAAAAGCAUACAUCCGUGUUCCUUAUCUGUCUGCCAUUGAUUUCUCAGCCACAGAUGAUGCCAUUGAAAAAGAGCUCUACAAUCUCAUGACUAUGCAAACUAGAGUCUUUGUCGUUCACAUGACACCCCUUCUUGGCUCUCGUCUCUUUGCCAUUGCCAAAACCAUUGGCAUGAUGGAUCAAGGUUAUGUUUGGAUUGUCACUGAUGGAAUGGCUAAUUUCUUCAACUCGUUGGACUCUUCAGUUAUGGACUCCAUGGAAGGUGUCUUGGGUGUUAGGCCUUAUAUUCCAAGAACUAAACAGUUUCUUGAUUUUAGAGCUCGAUGGAAACGACAGUUUCUAAGAGACAAUCCAACACUUGUUGAUAUCAAUCUGAAUGCUUUUGGAAUAUGGGCCUAUGAUGCUACCACCGCAUUGGCCAUGGCCCUUGAGAAACUUGACAGCACCCUUUCUGGCUUCACUAAUGUGAGCAAGAACUCAAGCAAUGUGACUGAUCUUGAAAACUUUGGCGUUUCGCGAAACGGUGAGAAGCUGAGAGAAGCUUUGUCAAAUGUUAGAUUCAAAGGUGUUGGUGGUGACUUCAAAUUAGUUGGUGGUGGGGAGUUACAAGCAUCAGCAUUUGAGAUAGUUAAUGUGAUUGGUAACGGGGAAAAAAACAUCGGAUUUUGGAUGCCAGAAAAGGGACUAAUUAGAAGUAUCGAUGCCAAAACUGCAACAACCGCAUAUUCAACUUCUAAGGAGAAUCUAGGAAGAAUUAUAUGGCCAGGGGACUCUUACUCUAUUCCAAAGGGAUGGCAGAUUCCCACAAAUGGUAAAAAGUUAAUGAUAGGGGUUCCAGUAAAAGAUAGUGGCUACUCUGAAUUUGUGAGAAUAAUCCAUGACCCUAUUACUAAUUCUACAAAGGUCACUGGGUUCUGCAUUGAUGUUUUCAAUGCUGUGGUAGAAGCCUUGCCUUAUGCCCUUUCAUUUGACUUGAUUCCAUUUGAAAACUCCAACGGUGAGAUGGCAGGAACUUAUGAUGAUUUGGUCAACCAAGUUUAUUAUGGGAAGUUUGAUGGUGUGGUGGGAGAUACAACAAUUACGGCAAACAGGUCCAAUUAUGUUGAUUUCACAUUGCCGUACACAGAAUCUGGUGUGACUAUGGUUGUUCCAAUAAGAGACAACAGAAAGAAGAAUGCAUGGGCCUUCUUGAAGCCAUUGACAUGGGACCUUUGGGUUACAACAUUUUGUUCAUUUGUAUUUAUAGGAUUCGUUGUUUGGGUUCUUGAACACCGAAUUAACAAUCAUUUCAGAGGGCCUCCUUCUUAUCAGAUUGGCACUAGCCUGUGGUUUUCCUUCUCAACCAUGGUGUUUUCCCAUCGGGAGAGGGUAGCAAGCAACUGUGGAAGAUUCGUGGUGAUAGUAUGGGUUUUUGUUGUUCAAAUUCUAGUUCAAAGCUACACUGCAAGUCUUACCUCUCUCUUAACAGUUGAACAAUUACGCCCAGUUAUUACCGAUGUGCAUCAACUCCUAAAGAAUAGGUUGAAUGUUGGUUAUUUGGAUGGUUCUUUUGUUCGUGAAAUCUUGAAGGAUUUGGGAUUCCAAGAAAGCCAGCUCAAGAUUUACAGAUCUGCAGAAGAAUGCAAUGAUCUCUUCACAAAAGGAACUGCAAAUGGUGGCAUUGAUGCUGCGUUCGAUGAAGUUCCAUAUGUGACGCACCUUCUUCAAAUUUACUGCUCUAAGUAUACCAUGAUUGAGCCAAGAUUUAAAACUGGUGGCUUUGGAUUUGUGUUUCCAAAAGCGUCACCUCUUGUAGCAGACAUAUCAAGGGCAAUUUUGAAUGUGACUCAAGGAGCCAAAAUGAAAACAAUUGAGAAUGCAUGGUUGAAUGGAAGCAGUUGUCCAGAAUCUAAUGCUCAAGUUUCUUCUGCGAGUCUAGGACUCGAAAGCUUCUGGGGUCUGUUUCUUGUUAUAGGGGUUUCUUGUGCAUUAGCACUCAUGUUCUUCUUAGCAACAUUCCUAUAUCAGUAUAGACAUAUUCUGUCAAGCCAUCAGCCCAGUACUUCAAUAUGGACAAAAAUUGGAACCUUGCUAAGUAUCUUCAAUGAGAAAGACUUGAGCUCUCACACUUUCAAAAAAAGUGCAAAGCAAGAUGCAAGUGUAGCUAGUAGUCCUGCUCAUCAUCAUGGAAUAGGUUCAGCUGAGGCAUCACCAAGUACACAUUGCCCUUCAAGUCCUUAUAGCUACACAGAAUCAAAUUUUUCAUUCUAUGGAGACCAAGUAAUGUUUAGUCCGGAUCGACAUGGUGAUGGAACUCAUCAAGGUCAUGAGACUCAAGACAGAGAAAUGAGGGUGGUGCAUGAUGAUACUCAAGAAGUGGCCACUACAAACAGCAAUAAUACUAACUCCCAAGCCACAUAGAACAUCUGUGGCAGAUUUUAACAAAUUACUGUUGUAACAAUUUUGUAACAAACCUCAUGCAUUAAACAUAUUCUAUGACAGUUUAGUUCAGGUCAAGGUUUAGUAACAAUGUAUAUAUGAAUUUUCCAUUUGAUGGUGCAAAA